AUGUCAAAACCCUCCCUGCAAAGGAGCCUCCAAGUUUUAAGUGGGAAAACCAGGGAAAGGGCAGCGCAGCAACCCUGUACGACACCAGCAGAGCUGCUUUGCACCAUCUUUCCUCGAGCAGAGGGACUCGGGCAAAGCAGUCCAGAAAUUUUAGAAAGGUUGGACGUAAGGGUUGGCUCCCAGCAACGAAACUGGGGGAAGGUCACUGCUCCGGGUGGUGUUUUGGGUCAGACCCUGCAAACCGCUUUCACAUCGAGAGCUCCCAGCCCGGCUCUCCCUGGACGGGCUCGCGUCUCCCCUCAAGCUUUCAGCCCCUGGGAGCCUGGUGAGUGCUGGUGCUCGGACGAGACUCCCCCGCGGGGCAGUCCCGGGUGCCGAUGCCUUCACCGGCGGCAGGGAGCAGCUCCACACCAGUUCUCUCUCCGUGAGCGCUGGCAUCGAGCCCGGCCGCCUUUCACUGCUGCCUUUUCAUUCGCCUUAAUUCACUGCGUUUCCUUUCUUGCUGCUUGCGAGGAACAGAGGGAGAGCUUGUUCCAGCAGACGGGCCCCAUCCGCUCCACCCGGCUCUUGCUGGAGCGAGGGCUGGAAAAGAGGGAUGGAGGCGAAGGGGUAUCUCCCACCCCUCCGGGGCCCCGCGUGCCGCCUGCGCGCCGCUUCCCAGCAAAUACGGGUGCUAGAACACUACCCCAGCCAUUGGAAGAUCAGCGGUUUGUGACACGGAGGAGGAAACCUGGAGCCAGUAACACUGAGAUCAUCAGCUGGAUUGUGCCAGAUGUGACAGAGGAGGCUGGAAAACCUCAGGCCGGAGGACACACUCCAACCCAGAGGACAAGGAACCACACGCAGAUCUGCUCCUUAGCAGUGAAGCAAGGUGCAGCCGCUCUGCGCCGGGCACUGCGGAGCACACAAAUAAACACGGUCCCUGUGCUGGAACUCGCCGCCCCGGCUGACCGGGAGUAACUCGGCGUGGACCCGACCCAAAGGCUCUUCCCGGGCAGGGAAAGCAGCCCUGCGAGCCCCCGCGCCGUCCCGCUGGCCGGGGCUUGGCAGCGGGGGCUGCGGGCUGACGGCUGACGUCCUCCCCAGCCCGUUUCCUCCCGCCGCUGCCAAGCCACUCGCAGAGCACUUCUCGAAAUGAAUUUUCUGGAAAACAAAUUAAAAGGAGGGGUUACAUCACGCAGCAGACAGCCCAGCCGGCACCGGGCUGCGCUGACAGACCCUGCCUGUGUUUUUUGGGCUGCGCCACAUUGCUCGCAGCUGCUGCUGGAAUCUGCAGCUCGCCAUCUAAAUCUGCUGUAACCAUGAAGUGAUCAAAGCGGCCCGAUGUUAUUGUCUGCUCUCUGAUGGACGGCGCGGGGCAGGGUCUCCCGGAAACCUCCGCUUACUUCGGGUUUUUUUUUUUCCCUGUGCAAAAACCACAGACAAACAAAAUCGGGGAGGGGUGCAGGGAGCGGGAAGCAAAGGACACUCCAGCGGGUGUUACGGCAGCACAGUCGAGGUCUCGGGAGUCGGGAAAUUCCAGUCCCUGCAGCCUGCUGGUCGGAGUGCAUGGAGGGCAGGGGUAAGCGGGGGGGGGGGGGGGGGAGAGAAUAUGCUGCCUGCUGGGAAAUCAUCCUGAGCUAGGCUGGGAUCUCAGUGACCUGGGCUCCCUCCCCAGCACCGCCACAUCCUCCUCGCGCAGCCGCGGGCGUAUCACUUUGGGUCGUUUCGGCAGGGAUCGUCACUCUCCAUCAGGCGUGCCCAUCCAUCAAGAGCUUCCUUGGGAAACCCAGCGUGCCCCCAAACCCUUCCUCUAUGUGAUACUUGUAAAUAAAGCAAGCGGGGAUGAGUUCCCUGUGCCAGAGCCGCAGCACAGCCGUGUGAGGGCACCACAGGGGCCAGACCAGCGCCAGGAUGGGGAUGGGGUCUCCGGUCUAGCAGGGUCCACCAAGUUCCCAAUGCAGAGGGGACCAUGCCAGCCCACACCUUUGCUUGUGCAAAAACCUUCAGCCAUCAAUUCUCCCCCGUAAAUCUUUAUUCAGGUGAGCUCAUCGGCGCUGCCGUGGAAAACAAGCCCUGCUGCAAAUGAGGAGUCAUGAAUAAUCAUGCUGGCUAUUUUGAAAGGCUUUUUACGCUUUGCAUAAGAGAUCCAAAGAAGAUCUGCUUUUAAAUAGAAGAAUAGUCCUCUGAAAUGUUUGGUUCGGUCUGCAGCCGAGAGAUGAUCUGCAGCACCUCACCCCAGUGACAGCGAGUCCCCUGCCACGCACUGCUGCAGGGUCAGGCAGGGAAGGAGGGAGGAUGGGGCAGCAGUGACAGCACCAGCUUCUGAUCAUCCCUCUCCUUGCCGUCGGCUGUCUGUGGGAUGUGGGGCUGAACCUGCCCUGCCUCAGCUCUGCAACUGCAAAAUGGGGAAAAGUGCCAUGUGCACGGUCAUUAGCGUUUUACAACCAUUAAAAGACUUCUAUACUAGGCAGGCUGAGAAAGUUGGGGUUGUUCAGCCUGGAGAAGAGAAGGCUCCAGGGAGACCUUAGAGCCCCUUCCAGUGCCUAAAGGAGGCUUGCAAGAGGGCUGGAGAGGGACUGCUCACAAGGGCAUGUAGUUAGGGGACAAGGGGGAAUGGCCUUAAGCUGAAGAAAGGCAGGUUUAUAUUAGACAUUAGGAAGAAAUUCAUUACUGUAAGAGUGGUGAGGCCCUGGCACACAUUUCCCGGAGAAGCUGUGGCUGCCCCAUCCCUGGAAGUGUCCAGGGCCAGGUUGGACCAGGCUUGGAGCAACCUGGGCUAGUGGAAGGUGUCCCCACCUAUGGCAGGGCGUUGAAAUGAGAUGAUCUUUAAGGUCUUUUCCAACCCAAACCAUUCUAUGAUUCCAUGAUUCUAUCCUCUGUAGAGGAAGCUCUCUAAAUGGCUGAAAUUAAGGGAUACAAAUAACUUUUGCCUAAGAAAGUCCUAAUCCCAGGCCUCUGGUCAUGCAUUUAUUGUGGCUCCAGUGAGAGGCUUCUUGUUACCUGUUUCCAUUUAAGCUGGGCACAUACCACCCAUUCUUUACAGAGAUAAUUUAAUUCCUUCCCUCUCCACCAGUUCUUUCUCUCGCUGCCUAAUACACUCCAACCAGGAAUUAAGGAUACAAAUGCAAAAUCUCCACUUGUUCUUUAAUUUCUUUCCUGUGAGCCCUCAGUCCAGCUCUCCAGCCUGCCCUGUCCAACCUGGGAAAGCCCCCCCAAAAAAGGAGAGAAAAAUGACAAUGGAGAAAGUGCUUGCCUUGCUUUAGUUAAGCCUGUAGCAAAAUAUUUCUUUUGCUACCUAUUUAUUAGUAUUCUGGUACAGCAGGGAAAGGGUUAUCAAAACAGUUACUGGACCAUGGGAAACCUCUUUUUUGCUGAGAAUAAGAGAUUUUUGGAGAGCCACCUCUGGUAGCUUUAUGCACUUCUGCUUCCCUGAUGAAUAUUUUCAUAUUCUCAGUUUCAAUGCAGGAUGACUGUUGUGUUGGGCCACACAGUGCACAUCUGGUCUGUGCAGAGCAGAGACAGAGAGGGCAUGUUCUCAGUGUGAUCCUCUUUCAUUACACCUCCCCUUGAACCCAAACAUCUGCCAUCGUGUCCAGUGACUUGAGCCAAACAAACCACCUUCAGAAAAUAAAAGCAGACCCAACUGAUGUUAGCAAAAAGGACUAAAAGCAUGGGAGGGGAAAUGUAAGCCAAGAGAAAGUGGGAGGAAGAAAAUUGCAAGGAGCAAAUAUCUGGAGAAUGAUCCGAUAACCACAGAGCAGCAGCCCCUUAGUUGUCAAUGGAAAAAAAACCAAAAAACAACCAA